AAUACAAUAAACAUUUAAUGUAAAUUCCACAACAAAUAUUAUUUUUUCUUGUUAUUUUAUGUUACACGCAAACAAGUAUAUUGUAUCAUACAUUUUUUUGUGUCAAUAUUUAUUUUGAAACCAAUUUAUAUAUAAAUCUAGCAUUUUAUAGAAUUGGGUUUAAAAUGAACGACGUGUUCAUCGGAAACCAUGUUUAUACAUUUAUUUAUUACGUAUCGUUGUUUUUCGGUACAUGUAUGACAAUCAUUCCAAAAACGCAUAAGAUCAUAGGGUGCACAAUUUCAUUAUUAUGGUGUUUAACCAUCGUUGGCAACCAAAUAGAUUACGUAAUGAAACCUUGGAUGAUGGAAGAUACUGAGAAAACUAAACAAGACAUGGCUUUCGAAAAAAUAAUACAUUUUGACUUUUGGACAUAUAAUGCGAUAUGCUUACUUAGUUGCUUGUUUUCGCUGAUCGGUAGAAAAAUAGAAGUAACUACAGCACUGUCGCCACCGGAAACAUCAACAAAUACGUGGAGAGUCGUAAUCGUAUUUGUAUUAUUCGUCGGAAACAUAGUGCCGGCGUGUUUUUCGUACAACUUUCCGGGUGUUCAAAAGAAAGCUGGUUCCGCGUACAACCUACUCUUUCAAGUUGGUUGAAAAUCGGACCAGAAAAAUGAAUUUGUUUAAUGAUUGUAAUACCUACUACAUUUAUGCUCGGCGAUUUAGGAUUUUUGCAAAUUGGGAAUACUAA